CUAGAAAACAAUCUGAACCCCAAAGACCAAAGUUUUAAGAUUUUUCAAAUUUUCAAGUGCGCAAAGGUCAACCAAGAGAGUUAAACAAAGGAAACAACUUCAAUGAACAAACUUUCACAUCCCAAACUCAGUGACGAAGAAGAGUUUUCAAUCAUGGUUGCUGCUUUAAAGAAUGUUAUAACAGGUAGUACUCACAGUUCUGCUUUCGUGGAUGCAGUUCAAGAAUUUCCUAAUGCUAUGACCACGACAGCUACCAGUGCCAGUGCCACCAUUUCAUCGCCUUCUACGAGUAUGUCUAGUUUUAUUGAGCCGCCCUUGUUUCGCGUUCCUGCAGAGCCGGAGCCUUGUCAAUUCUGCAGGAUAAGUGGGUGUUUAGGGUGCAACUAUUUUGGAACCCCAGUGGCUAGUGAUGAUAAGAACAAGAACAAGACCAAGAUUGUUGCGAAGAAGAAGAAGAAGAAUUACAGAGGAGUGAGACAAAGACCAUGGGGAAAAUGGGCUGCGGAGAUUAGAGAUCCAAGAAGGGCUGUUAGAGUAUGGCUUGGGACUUUUACUACAGCAGAGGAUGCAGCCAGAGCUUAUGACAGAGCAGCUAUUGAAUUUAGAGGUGCUAGAGCUAAGCUUAAUUUCUCAUUUGCAGAUUACACGCAAAUUCAACAUGAUCAGAAUAAUACUACUACAACUUCAUUUUCUUCGCAUCAGCAACAACAAGAGUCUAUGCAGGGAAUUACCACAGAUCUUGGUACUUCUAAAGAAGAAGAAUUCUGGGAUCAAUUAAUUUUAUCGGACAAUGAGGUUCAAGAUUGCUCGAGGACGAUGAAUUUCAAUGGCGGGUUUUCUGAUUCUUCUAAUGGCUAUAUUGCUCAUAGCUUCUGAUCAUUUUCAAUUAAACAAGAAUUGAAAAGGAAAAGAGAAACAGAACAAAAAGAAACUUUUAGUGGAUUAGGGUGUUUUGCAUGCCCCGUGUAGUUUUAUCAAUGUGGGGCAUCUGAAUAUUCCAGUUUUAGGUGUACUUCAUUUUUCAUUCUUUAUUCAGAUUGUAUCGUACUGUAAGGGGCAGUUUGGUUUAAGGGUAGGAAGAUUUUCCCGAUAUAAUUUUUGAGAUUAAACAUAUUUUGUGUUUGGUUGGAGAUAUUAAUGAAAUUUAAUAUGAUUAUUUUUA